AUGAAUAAUUGUGAAAUAUUAAUACCCAAAGAUUUUAACCAAUUAUCUGUUGGAGUAUAUCAACAACUAGUAACCUAUAAUAAGAAUAUUAAUCUUCCACAUUAUAAUAAUAAGACUUCACCAUCAAAUAAAUUUAUUAUUCCUAGUGGAACACCAAUUAAUAUUGCACCAUUACUCCCCUCAAAGUAUUGGUCUAUGGAAAAGGGAGAUCCUCUGGCAUUCAUAUUAGAGUUUAACCAAGAUCUGCCUCUUGAGGGUGAACAUCCUUGUACUAUUUGGGUAAAGGAUAUGGCAACUACUCCAUGUACUCAAAACAAUUCAUUCAAUUUCCAACUUAUCCAUUGGAAUGAAAUAAAUGGUCUUGGUAGAGAUCUAGAUGGACAAGCAUUGUUUAGACUCAAUACUAAUGGACAUAUAUUUUAUUAUAAACCAGAUUCAGCAUUUAUUUGCAAUGCUAGAUUUAAUGCCGUUCCUCCUGCAUAUAGAGAUAUUCAUGCUUUUCCAAGUCAUCCAGAUUUUGUAAUUGAAGUUAGAUCAUUUUCAAAUAUUCCUAGCAAUGAUUUGAACAACCAAUUACUCAAGAUGUGUCGAUGGAUUAGAUCUGGAGUGGAAUCAGGUGUUUUGUUUGAUGGAAUGGGUAUGAAUAUCUACCUAUUUUGUCAAACCAAUAUACUUGCCAAUGGUAGACAUGGCCAAGUACAAGGACAACAAUUGGCUCACAACAACGAGAGCAAUCAAAUCCAAAUCAACAUUCAACAAUAUCAAAAUGAUAUAAAUGCUAUGGUAAUCGCAAAUAUAAAUGUUGCCCUACAUCAAUUGGAAGUUCAACGACUUCAACAAAAGCUGCAAACAAUGAAUUGGCAACAGGUAUAUUUCGAGAAUAUGAUACCAUAUCCUGGGUUCCAAAAUGUCUCUUACAGAACUAUUCCGUUAGUAGGAAUUCCAGCUCCUACUCCUAAUCGUGGUCCACAAUUAAUAGUCCAUUGUAUUGGAUUUGUAAAUGGAUUUAAUAUUGAUCUCUCAAAAGUUUGGAUUCGUUAA